GGCUCAGCGUGCUGCGACGCCGGCAGCCCGGCUCUGAAGCAGCGUGAGUUCAGGCCAGCGCCCGCUCCUCCCUGGUAGUCGGCCCACGUCGAGUCCCGCGUGGAGAUGGCAGAUGAUCUUGGAGACGAGUGGUGGGAGAACCAGCCGGCAGGAGCAGCCAGCAGCCCAGAAGCAUCAGAUGGUGAAGGAGGAGGAGACACAGCAAUGACGCAGCAGGAGACAGCUCCAGUUCCUGCCCUGUCAAAGAAAACCGAACAGCCUAAAGAAUGUUUCUUGAUACAACCAAAGGAAACAAAUGAAGAUGCCACCAAGACCAGGAAGAGGAAAAAGAAGAAAAUCACUGAUGUUCUUGCAAAAUCAGAGCCAAAACCAGGGACACCUGAAGACCUACAGAAGCUGAUGAAGGACUAUUAUAGCAGCAAUCGCUCAGUGAUUGAAUUAGAAGAACUAACCCUACCAGACUCCUGCUUCCUCAAGGCCAAUGAUUUGACUCACAGUCUUUCAUCAUAUCUAAAAGAAAUCUGCCCUAAGUGGGUGAAACUUCGGAAAAACCACAGUGAGAAGAAAUCGGUCCUGAUGCUGAUUAUCUGUGGCUCUGCCAUCCGAGCCCUGGAGCUCAUUAGGUCAAUGACCGCAUUCAGAGGAGACAGCAAAGUCAUGAAAUUAUUCGCAAAACACAUAAAGAUCCAGGAGCAGGUAAAAUUGCUGGAGAAGCGUGUGGUACACCUGGGUGUGGGAACUCCAGGGAGGAUUAAAGAACUCAUUAAACAAGGUGGCCUUAAUUUGAACCCCUUAAAGUUUCUGGUUUUUGACUGGAAUUGGAGAGAUCAGAAGUUGAGAAGGAUGAUGGACAUUCCCGAGAUAAGAAAAGAGGUUUUUGAAAUUCUGGAAAUGGGAGUCCUCAGCCUAUGCAAGUCAGAAUCUUUGAAGCUGGGCCUUUUCUAAGUCUGGGUCCUAAUGAAAAUUCCUGUUUUCAUGGUGGGAUUUGCAUGGCUCUGGCCCAUUGCAAGCAGUUGGUAAAUAUCAGCUAUUGUUUUAUUAAGUUGAUUGUAUCACCAGAUGGAUCACUGGGAAUCUUAGGUGGGGAUUCUUUUACAAAAAUGAAUCUGUCCUUUGCCAACUCCCUUAUAUAAUAAAGUAUCACUGGCUUGUGUGUGAUUUUUGUUAAGCAGACUGAGUUUUUCUUUCACCAACUGGCUUCUGAUGUGACUGUGCAAGAGAGGGAAAGAGCAUCUGGGCAGCCUCAGGCAAGCCCCUUCCCUCUCUGAGCCUGUUUCAUCAACUGUGAAAUGGGAAUACUAUCUUGCAGGAUUGCUGAGGAUUUCAUGAGAUGGUAUGUGUGGAACAGAUUUGAAACUGUGACGCCUAGUCCCAGUGUGAAGGGUGGCGGUGGUACUACUGGUGGAAAGAGCUGCAAGGAUAUGCGGCACUUUGUAAACAAAUAAAAGACAACAAUGUAA